AUGUUGUCCACGGCUCAGCUGAUGCUACAGGAGAGCCGCUCCAAGAUCGAGCUGAUCCGACUGCAGAUUAUCAAAGUCACCCAGGCUGGCAGCGGCAGCGGCGAUGGAGGAGGUGGAGGAGAUGGGGGAGAUGGGGGAGAUGGAGGAGGAAACCCAGACAGCUCCACUCGUGGAGGUCAGAGCUCAUAGGUCAUGAGAGCUCGCCUGGUGGAGCUGCAGCACCGUGUGAGGAGGGAGGCGGAGUCUCUGGUGCUGGCCAACGAUGUGGUGAAGCAGCUGGAGGGGAUCUCAUCGCUGGACCAGGAGGCCCUGGUGGAGGCUCAGUCCCGGGUGCACGAGUCCUCCCAGAAGCUGGAUCUUCUGAAUCUGUCUCUGGAGAAAUGCACCACGGAGGAGAACCAGGACCCCUCAAAGGGACCCCCGCCUCCACCAGACCCUGGACACGGAUGCCCCCUGAACACCUCGCCGUCCACCUUCUCCAUGAAACCCGCCUCAUUGACCGGCAAACUUGAAGUCCGACUUCUUGGAUGUGAAGAUUUACUGAAACCUCGGAGCAACUCGGAGCAGGAAACCCAUCAGAGUCCCACUGAGGACGGUUCAGGAGCUCACAGGAUGGAGUCUGGUAGUGCUGAGAUCAGCGCGGUGCUGCGGCUGGACGGCAGAGUGGUCGGCCAGACGCGUUGGUCCGCCGCCGGCAGGCUGACCUGGGAUCAGACCUUCUGCAUCCAGCUGGAGCGGUCUCGAGAGCUGGAGGUCGCCGUCUUCUGGUGGGACCGGCGGGCGAUGUGUGCGGUGAAGUCCCUGAGGCUGGAGGACAUGAUGGACGCCCCCACCCACAGCCAGGAGAUCAGCCUGGAGCCACAGGGCCUCAUGUACGCCCAGCUUCAGUUCAUCGACACUGUUGUUGAGCGGCAGCCGAGACUGAGACGCCAGCGUUGCAUCUUCACCAAAGAGAGAGGGAAGAACUUCCUCCGAGCGGCCCAGAUGAACAUGAACUUUUCCACGUGGGGUCACCUGAUGAUGAGCGUCCUCCCUCGCUACAGCAACUUCACGUUCAGCUCGACCCUCUCCACGACCUCCGACCCCGUGGCCGAGCGGGAGCCUGAACGCACAGCUCCGCUACCGAGCGAAGUUCCAGAAAUCCGACUCGUUGUCCCUGAAGAUUCUCCGUCCCCCGCUGAAGAAGACAAGGAAGACGAGGAAGACGAGGCUCCCGUCUUCAUCACUGCCGUCGCAGAGCACAGCGCAUCACUGUCGUCCAUAAAAAACACAGAUGGAAGUGAAGAUCCGCCUGUAUCUGCUCCAAAGAUGCAGAAGGAAGACUUCCGGUACAUUUCGGUUCUGGGCCGAGGACACUUUGGGAAAGUCCUGCUGGCCGAGUUUAAGAAGACGGGGAAACUUUACGCCAUCAAAGCCUUGAAGAAGAGAGACGUCGUGACUCGUGAUGAAGUGGACAGCCUGAUGAGCGAGAAGAGGAUCUUCGAGAUGAUCAACGCGUCUCGACACCCGUUCCUGGUGAACCUCCACGGCUGCUUCCAGACCGGCGACCACGUCUGCUUCGUCAUGGAGUAUCUGCCGGGCGGCGACCUCAUGAUCCACAUCCACAACAACGUCUUCAGCGAGGCCCAGACGCGGUUUUAUUCGGCAUGUGUCCUGCUGGGUUUAGAGUUCCUGCAUCUGCAUAAAAUCAUCUAUCGAGACUUGAAGCUGGACAACCUGUUAAUGGAUGCAGAUGGAUUCAUAAAAAUCACAGACUUUGGUCUCUGUAAAGAAGGGAUGGGUCACGGGGAUCGAACCUCCACCUUCUGUGGGACCCCUGAGUUUCUGGCCCCUGAGGUCCUGACGGAUGACAACUACACCCGAGCGGUGGACUGGUGGGGGAUGGGCGUCCUCAUCUUCGAGAUGCUCGUCGGAGAGUCUCCGUUCCCUGGUGAGGAUGAGGAGGAGGUGUUCGACAGCAUCGUCAACGAUGACGUGGAGUAUCCAGAGUCUCUUCCUCCGGAUGUCGUCUGCAUCCUCCAGAAGCUAUUGAAGAAGAAUCCUCUGAAGCGACUCGGCGGCGGAGAGAGAGACGCCACCGACGUCAAAGGAGACACGUACUUUGAGACCAUCGACUGGGACGCCCUCCUGGCCCGGACGGCGACGCCUCCGUUCCUGCCGUCCAUCAAGGAGUCGCUGGACGUCGGGAACUUCGACAGCGAGUUCACGCGGCUGCAGCCGGUAAUGUCGCCGCCCUCCAAGCCCUUCGUGCUCUCCGCCGAGCAGCAGGACGCCUUCGCCGACUUCGACUUCUGCGCUCUGCACGGAUGAAGGUCGAGAGAGUCUUCUACGUGUGUUCGGAAGUAGGAACAAUUCAUUUAAUUAGAAUUAAAAGAGGAAACGUUGAACAUUGACAGGACUCUUCAAGACGUUAGUCCUCGGUAUGUUGCCAUAUUAAUUAAAACUCCUUUAUGGUGUACUAUUACGAAGAAAUUAGCUCAUUACAACCACAAACGUGGUCAUAACCCUUAAAGUUUAUAAACUACAUCGACUAAUUAAUUAAAAAGGAAUGAUUAAAGGAACCGUUCAAUAAGAUUGAUCCCGGUAAACAUGAGGCUACUGGUUAGCUUAGCUUAGCACAAAGACUGGACCACUUAAGCUGCCAUUUAGCACGUCUAGCUAAACCCUCGCUAGCUGUUUCCCCCCGUUUCCAGUCUUUGUGCUAAGCUAAUCGACUGCUGGCUAGAAGCUUAAUAUAUUAUAAUAUAUUUAUAGAGAAGUAUCAAUCUUA